GAGGGAUGGGGUUGGUUCGUUGAAGGACAGGGUUUGUUGAGGGAUGGCGUUGGCGUGUUGAAGAAUAGGGUUGGUUCAUUGAGGGAAGGAGUUGGAACAUUGAAGGAUAGUGUUAGAUCACUGAAAGAUGGUAUCACAUUGUUGAAGGAUGAAGUCGGAUUGUUGAAGGAUGGGGUUGGUUCAUUAAAGAGUGGUUUGUGGAAAGAUGUGGUUGGUUCCUUGAAGGAUGGUGUUGGAUUGUUGAAGGGCAGGGUUGGUUCAUUGAAGGACACAUCCCAGUGGGGUGCAGUAGGGCAGGUUCUGAGCUGUGGUGUGGGAUUGGUGAUGUAUGGCCAGGACAUCCUGCUGUUCUCAGCACCUGGAGUUUUCCUGCUGGUCACAGUGAGCUGUGGCCUCUUCCCAGAAUAUCAUUGGAGCAAUAUGGAGGUCCAGCUAAACGUCAGAUUUGCUCUUGGAAUUACUGAUGGAAGAUCCAUGGAAGAACAUUCAGGUGAUGCUGUGCUUCCUCACUGGUUGAAAAAUGGAUAUAGGGUCAUUAAUGGUGGAAGGUCAUUGAUGCCAGGUGGCCACUUGUUAUCUAUGGCAGACAGAGAGCAGGUGUGACCCAUCCCUAUAGUGGUGGAGAAAAUAAUGAACCCAUGAAUAGAACCCUUGGUCUCCUACAAAAAGGCCCAUAGGAUUGAUGCCAGUGGUUUGGGGUAUGGCAAAGCUGUGCCUUUUAGGCUGGGUUCAUUCUCAGGGAGAAUGUGUGUUGGGAUUAUUCAUCAGGUUGGAAUAAAAGUCACUUCUGUGAAAUGCGAUCACUUCUCAGGGUGGAAGCCUGCAGUCUGGAGCACAUCCAGACCAUGGCACAAAUUGGGAACGGAGCGAAGGAGGACGCUGUCAGCCCCAGGGAAGGGAAGGAUUUGGCAGCCAGCUCAGGUCAGAUGCGCUCCAAUGUGCAAGGGUCAGACACUGUGCCAUGUGUCCUACCCCAGGGAUAGGUGAAAUAAGUCCUUAGGAGACCUUUCCUCAUGCUGUCUGUACAGAACUGCCCAUUUCCCCAGUUCUUGUUCUUUUCCACUAAGACAUUUGCAAGGUCUUGUGGACACGGCCGUCCUGGCUACUGCCUUCUUUCGGUUGUCUCUUAGCACUGAAGGCACUUAAAGACUCAGAAAAGCUCCUGGGGGGCAGAGCAGGGGAUGCACUCCUCUGCACAGGGGUGAGCUGCAUCCCUGAGAUGCACAGGAGCGCUCAUUGCCAUAAACCUUGUGUGUUGUGAGGGGAUGGGUGCCCUCCAUGAGGUCAGCACGCUGCUGCAGGCAUUGCCAUGCCGUGCUGACAUCCCCUUGGGGGAUGGAUGUGUCUUUUAGGAUUACGGGGCUUUUCACUGCACAAGUGCCCAUUAUAUUGCCUCAGUGCCCAGAAAGAAAAGAUUUGCUUUCUGAUAAUGGUCCCCCUUCGGUUAUUUGCAAAAGACCUUAUGUGCAGGGGUGAGUGAGCGUGGGGUAGGAAUGUGUUUGAAUGUAUGGGAUCAGCCUGCCAGGGGUGUUUAACGCACACACUGGGAGCAGUGUGGCGCUGGGAUGUGGCACACACUCUCUGCUAGCCGAGGCAUUUUGCACUGUGAGGGUGCAGAUGCCCUCUCUGUGCAUGUGAGGAGAACACCUUCCCUGAUGUGCCCACCUCUGCUCUCCUUUGAUUUGUUCUUGGGUUUUCCCUUUCUUUUUCUCCCAGCACCCGGCACACCGGUACCAAAGGUGCCAUCCUCCUUGCAGGCAGGAAGACGCACAGAUUUGACAUAAUGGAGCACACAGAUAGGACAUAACAUGAGGCUUUUUGUUUCUGAGGGUGAAGUGGGGUUUGGUUUUGUGUAACAAGGGGAAAACAUCCACCCUCCCCCCCCCCCCCCGCAGCCGCAGGAGAUCUCUCGUGGCAUUGAAGCAAGCAGGGGUCUGCUUCUCUGUGCUCCCUUCCGCAUUGGGUCGCUGCAUGGGCAUCUGGUGUGGGUCAGAUCCUGUGCCCUUUUGUACUUGGCACCCUGCGCAGCAGGGAGCUCCCCCUCCUCCUUCCUUGUUGUUUGUGUUUAUUCUAAUGGCAAUGGCUCCGUCCCCAUUCGAGGUGGCACCCGCCUGCUCCGCGACAUGCCGGGCACGUCGAUGGCACCGAGACGUGGCAGCUGCUGGGCGUCUCGCCUGUCACUGGGGCUUUUCUGCAUCGCCAGGUCCCCUCGCUCUGCAGUCUCACAGCUGAAAGGAUGGAGAACUCAUCAGUGGCUUCGGCCUCCUCGGAGGCGGGCAGCAGCCGCUCACAGGAGAUUGAGGAGUUGGAGCGCUUCAUCGACAGCUACGUGCUGGAGUACCAGGUGCAGGGGCUGCUCACCGACAAGACUGAGGGCGACGGCGAGAGCGAGAAGACACAGUCCAACAUCUCUCAGUGGACGGCGGAUUGUAGUGAGCAGCUCGAUGGCAGCUGCUCCCCAUCCAGAGGGAAGGGCUCGUCGUCCCAGCAGCACAAGCAGGAAGAUUGGGAUCACAGCAGCGGUGGGAGCGCAGGAUCGCGGCCAGGGUCGGGCUCCAGGUGUGGCUCUGGAUCGAGGUCUGGGAGGAGCAGCCAGUUCAGGCACACCACCAAGAAUGGCAACAAGGAGGGCUCCCUUGACAUGCUGGGCACCGACAUCUGGGCUGCCAACACCUUCGAUUCCUUCAGUGGUGCAACGUGGGACCUGCAGCCUGAAAAACUAGAUUUCAGCCAAUUCCACAGGAAGCUCCGGAACACCUCCAAACAUCCACUGCCCCACAUCGACAGGGAAGGGCUUGGAAAAGGGAAAUACGAGGAUGGUGACAGCAUCAAUCUGAACGACAUCGAGAAGGUCCUCCCAGCAUGGCAGGGUUACCACCCGCUGCCUCACGAAGCUGAAAUCGCACACACCAAAAAGCUGUUCAGAAGGAGGAGGAACGACAGGAGGCGACAACAGAGACUUCCUGGUGGGAACAAGUCCCAGCAGCACGCAGACCAUCAGCAAGGUGGCAGCAAACACAACAGAGACCACCAGAAGCUCUACCAAGGAGGCCAGGCCCCUCAUUCCUCUGGCAGACCAGGCCACCACGGCUACAGCCAGAACCGGCGAUGGCACCACAACCAGAAGCACUCGCCCAACGACAAGGAAACGCACAGGAACACCAAAGAGACUGAGAAUCUGAAAAUUGAGGACACCCCCACCAGCACAGGGCACAGUCCUGCGGAGACGCAGCGCAGUCCGGAGGCGGUGGAGAAGCAGUCCCAGCCCUACAGCCCGGAGGUGGAGACGAAGCGGAAGGACAGCGUUCACGAGCGUGGUGGGGAAAGGCCCAAGAUCAACUUGCUUCAGUCUUCCAAAGACAGGCUGCGGAGGAGGCUAAAAGAAAAGACGCCUUGUCUUUCCCUUUUCACGGACCAGGACGAAGUCACAGUGGAAACCACCCAUCCUGAAAAGAACAAAAUGGACAAACUAAUUGAAAUCCUUAACAGCAUGCGUAACAACAGCAGUGACGUUGACUCCAAGCUGACCACCUUCAUGGAGGAGGCUCAGAACUCCACCAACUCUGAGGAGAUGCUUGGGGAGAUAGUUAAAACCAUCUACCAGAAAGCAGUGACAGACCGCAGCUUUGCUUCCACGGCCGCCAAGCUCUGUGACAAAAUGGCCCUCUUCAUGGUGGAAGGAACCAAGUUCCGGAGCCUGCUCCUCAACAUGCUGCAGAAGGAUUUCACCAUGCGUGAGGAGCUGCAGCAGCGGGACGUGGAGCGCUGGCUGGGCUUCAUCACCUUCCUCUGCGAGGUCUUCGGCACCAUGAGGAGCAGCACCGGGGAGCCCUUCCGAGUCCUCGUGUGCCCCAUCUACACCUGCCUCAGGGAGUUGCUACAAUCUCAGGAUGUGAAGGAGGAUGCCGUGCUGUGCUGCUCCAUGGAGCUGCAGAGCACCGGCCGGCUGCUGGAGGAGCAGCUGCCUGAGAUGAUGACGGAGCUGCUGGCUGCAGCCCGCGACAAGAUGCUGUGCCCCUCUGAGUCCAUGCUGACGCGGUCCCUCCUGCUGGAGGUCAUCGAGCUGCACGCCAACAACUGGAACCCGCUGACGCCCACCAUCACGCAGUACUACAACAAGACAAUCCAGAAACUGACGGCCUGAGGGGCAGGGAAGGGUGGGGUGGGAAGGGGCGAGGAGAAGAUGUGCACCUUAGCGGGAUUCCAGUUGAUGUACCCAAGCAGACAAACCCCAGCAUGCUCGAGGAUUAUGUUCGUGGGGUGGGGAGGGAGAAGCAUGUUUCUUUCAGCCUCGUCGCCAAGUGCCACCCCUCCUCCCUGCCGUGUUUUUGUUGUAGGGUUUCUUUUCUGAAAUUGGCGUGUCCCGCCGGGUUAUUGUUUGGCUUUAGAAAGACGACGGCGAGUCAGAGGGGAGAGCCCAAUGGGGCUGGGAUUGUUUUCACGCUGUCCCCCCGCCCUGCCCUGGCCAACUGGCAGCAGACAGCGCACAGCAGAUGUCCGGGGAGGACAAAGCGUGGCACACACUACACAGACGCUCAUCACUGACGGCUUUUGUCCUGCGGAGCUCUCGUUAUUUUCUUUUAUUUUUCCCCCUCCUCUUCUCUUCGACUUUCUGCCCCCACCUCCGCUCCGUCUCCUCCGGAUGCUGACGGCGCAUAGGAUGGCUUUCUGAUUUGCACUGGGUGACAUUUUAUUUUUUUCUUGUAUUUUUAUUCUAUUUUAUUUUAUUAUCCUCGAACGGACAAUUGCGAUCAGCACGGAGACGGGGCAGCAAUGCUUACCCUCCGGCUCACGAAUGGUUUCAUGAAGAUGCUGAAGCAGGAGAAGGAUUUUACAGGAGCCCAAAAACCACUGUAGGAGCAACAUAGCCAGAGUCUUCUUGCCAGAAACCUCGCAGAUUUACCCAAAAACGUGUGCCCUGAGCUAGGAGCUCUGCGAAACACGGGAUGCUGCUAUGCUGCAGCAUCUCCCAUCCACUUAACGAUAGCCCAUUUAUUUUUUUGGUUUUCUUUUUUUUUUUUUUUUGUCGUUGUUGUUGUUGUUGUUUCUGUUGAAAGAGUGCUUUAUUGUAAUUACUGUCAUCAUUGUAAUUAUACAUUUAAGAGCAGGCCUGUUAUAGUCAGGCCUAUUCAUGUACAGGGCAAGGGAGAAAUGAAGACUCGGUGUUCUUGGAAAACCAGCAGAGAGAAGGCAAAAAGCGUAUGGCAAAAACAAAAGGGAGGAAAAAGAAGAGGAAAACAAUGAAAAGCCAAAAAUACAGGUUUCCUGCUGCUUUCUCACUGGCUGCAUUUCCUACCUAGUUUGUAGGCUGCAGUUGGGUGGGCUUGGAGGUUCCUUCCAACCCAACUGUUCCAUGGUUCCGUGAUCUUCAGAGUCCCUUCCAACCCAACCAUUACAUGGUUCUGUGAUCUUUGGAGUCCCUUCCAACCCAAACAUUACAUGGUUCUGUGAUCUUUGGAGUCCCUUCCAACCGAACCAUUACAUGGUUCUGUGGUUCUUUGGGAAGCUGGAAGAGCAGAGACUUUCAACAUGAAGGUGUUGAGGAAGUCAGAGUCUUGGUUAGACGGUUCAGAGCGAUGGGAGCCGUUCAUUUGGUUGCCGGUCCAUUUGGUUGCUUGUUGGUGUGUCUCCAAGUCCACACCUGGAGUAUGAGAGAAGAACUGGGGAUAGAAGCUUCAGUGGUCCUAAAUGCUGAGGAAGCAGAGAGAUGGUUGCCUGUAUGGAAGGACCAAUGCUGGGAUCUGAGCUGGCAGCCUCCCUGCACCCCACACCGCAGCAUCCCUUGGACCCUGCUCUCUGACUGGAGCAAAAGAAGGAAAAAAGAAGGAAAAAAUAUCAAAAAAAUAUUUAAAAAAAAAAAAAAAAAAGAGAGAGAGAAAAACCCAGAGGAGGUUCACCCUCCAGCACUGGGAUUUCUCCCAUCAAAGAACUUCUGUGUGAAAUCCAUCUGUUUUAAUGUCCGUGUUCAUCCCACCAUGGACCGCUCGGUCACUCCGUACAUCCCUCACUCUGUUGAUGCGUGAGAAUCUAGGAGUUGACCAAAAAUGUAUUAUUUUUUCCCCUGAAAUUGUGUUCUGCCGCUGGUGUCCCUCACUGUGGGGGCAAAGUAUGGGCAGCAUUGUAUUUUGGUGCAGAAUACCCUCUUUUGGCCAAAAGUGGGGCUGGCACCACAGCAAUGCCCCAGAACUGGAGCCCCCAGCUUCCUCCUUCCCACUGCCAAACAACUGCCAGAGAUGAGGUGUUGGUGCCUGCAACCAACUCACUUGGAUUCCCCAUGAGAGAUUUCACCCCGACGUGGAGAACUCCUUGUCUGUAUGCAGGUGGAAUGAAAAUGGGGGGGGGGGAAAGGCAAAGUAAGCGAUUAGCCUUGUUCCCCUCAUCCCCCAGAGGGGGAUUGAUCAGUAUCAAUUCUUGGCAUGAUGGAUGGUUUCGGAGGAAAACUUGUCGGAAGGACUUACGAUUUAUUCUCCUGCUUGGAAAUCUCUCAAAAUCUCAAAUAUGAUUUUUAUUUCCCCGCUGGGUGUUCGAUGGCUUGACACUGAUUUUACUCUUCUUGGUGUGAGCUGCUAGCCCAUCCCAGUGAUGCUUUCAGUAUUUUUCAGGAGAACAAACACGAAGGGCCGUGUCCAUUGCCAAGGGAGCAGCGGUCUCCUGCAGAAGUUCACGCUAGCAAUUCUUCUUUUUUUUUUAAAUGUAUUUAUUUGCAUUUGAAGAGACACCAUUUUUAAUUUAAUCAUAUUUGUUAAAGGAAGCGCUUUAAAAAAAAAUGAAAAAUGAAAAAAAAAAAAAAAAACAAGGAGAAAGGAUUUGGGGAGCAUAAAGACUAGAUAUUCAUCCUAGAGAAAACAGAAACUCAUCGUUUUCAGCAUUUCAGAGACAAGGGAGCUGACAACUCUUUGUGGCAAUGCAGUCUUCUUGAUAGAACAUCAGACCCACUGUAUGCUAUAGAACACGUCAUCUGAGUAAUAAAUGUGUAAAGCUUGACGUUACCCCAUCGUUUUGUUGGGACGUGCCAUCAGUUUUUGGUGUUGAGCUUCAAACAUAGAGUAGAGGGGGGAAGAAAGGAAAUCACAGUGUCUGGUGUGAAACAUUGCUCCAUCCAUUCUACAGCUUGUGUUGGAACUAGGGCACUCAAUGCUGCUCGGUGGUACCCCUUCCCAGUAGGUUUUGGCCAUGGGGAUAGGGCGGGGGAGCCCCGCAGCGCAUCGCGACCCGACACACCGCUCUGCCUGUUACUCAAUAUAUAUAUAUAAUAAAGAAAUAAAACUGUGGUUUUUCCAAGAA